AUGCUCUUCAUUACGGCUCCUAAUUCCGCACUCUCUGCAGUUUCCACUCCACCAAGCCUUCCACACAGUGUUUUCCGAUGGUCUUCAAUCUCCCCCACUAAUCUUCCUUUCCCAUUUCUCGACCACCGAUUUCCUUCUACUUCGAACAAUUCCCUAUUACUUCAUGCCAGAAAGAGAAACUCAGAAUCACAGCCGGUUCUCAAACCCAACAUCGUCCAGGAAGUGUCCGAGGACGAAGAACAUGACGUCCUUGUCGAUGAAUUUGAAGAAGGAGACGUUCUUGAUUCCGUAGAUGAGAUAAUGGAAGAUGAUGGCGAAGAUUACUUUGAAGAAGAGUAUAUGGAGGAUAAUGCUGAAGUCUAUGUAAGAUUUUCGCCUCUAAAUAUGGAAAUAUUCAGCUGA